AUGGUGAAAGGGUGUAACUAUGGUGUGUCGGUUGAGUCUGUUCUUCGCGAUCAAAUCGUACUGGGUGUGGCAGACUCUCAAACGCGUGAAAAUUUUUUGUUUGAGAAAUCUUUGGAUCUUGCGAAGGCGUGUGAUAUUGUUCGGGCUUGUGAGGCGUCACGGGCACAGCUCUCGCAAAUGGCAUCUGAUUUGAACAUUUGCCGACCAGAGGAUUCGGGCCAUUUCUCGCUUCGUUGCCCUAAUCGCCACCAGCAUUCUGGAUCUCGUGCUUCACCUAAUACAUCUGUGAUACAUCCUGAAAUUCAUCCCGCUCAAAAGGGAACCAAGAUGCAGCUUCAUUUUGUGGAGGAGACAGAUAAUAAACCAGGAGGAGGCUCUGUGGAGGAGUAUGUUUUUCGUGAAUUGCGACAUGAACAAUAUUCGGCGUCUUCAGCGAGUGAGUGGAGUGAAAUUUUGACGAUGGAUGGAGUCAAAGUGACUUUUAAACUUGAUUUGGGAGCUUCGUGCAAUGUUCUCCCCCAGGAAAUCUUUCUCCGAUUACCAGCCAGACGUCAACGACUUCGACCAGGACCUCGUCUUCGUCGCUACGGGGCCAAACACGGUUACUUAUCGGUCUUGGGUGUCCACACGGCAAAAGUGUUGGGAAAUGGUACUGUGCAUAUCGUAGAUUUCGUCGUGCGUGAUCACUUGAUUCAGCCGGAAGUUUCUUCUCGUGUUCCUGAAGUUGUCACGGAAUUCUUCGAUGUUUUAACGGGACUUGGAAAAUUGCCGGUGGAACAUACUAUCAAGUUGAGUACGGGCAGUAAUGCAGUGGAUCCAGUUAUUUCUGCUGCAGGAAGACUUCCGUUUCGACUGGAGGAGACAGUGCGCAAGAAGCUGGACCGAAUGGUGGACGAUGGCAUCAUAAUUCCUGUAUCUGAGCCAACUGAUUGGGUGAGCCGCAUGUUGGUUGUCAGCAAAGCAGAUGGUGACGUUCGCAUCGUCCUUGAUCCUUCUAAUUUAAACAAGACUGUUCUUCGUCCACAUUUCUCGGUCCCUACCGUCGGGCAGUUGCUUGCAAAAAUUGGCAAAGCAAAGUUUUUCUGCAGUCUAGAUGCAGCGCAGGGUUUUUAUCAAAUUCCCUUAUCGGAGGAGUCGUCCUAUUUGUUCACCAUGGCUACGCUCUGGGGUCGAUACCACUUUCUUCGCUUGCCCUUUGGGUUAAAAUCUGCACUGGAAGUGUAUUUACACACUAUGUCGGAGCUGUUUGGUGAUCUUAGUGGUGUUAUUAUCUACUUUGAUGAAUUUUUAGUCACAGGCGAGUCCAUGGAAGAACUUCAGUCGAAUUUACGCCAAGUUCUUCUCCGGUGCCGGCAACACGAUCUGAAACUUCAACUUAAAAAGUGUAAAUUUUUUCUUCAAGAAGUGCCUUGGCUUCGGCACGUUAUUGGGGAUGUUGUCGUCAAAGUGGAUCCCUCUAAGGUUGAAGCAAUUGUUAAUAUGCCAGAACCCUCGGACAAAGCGGCAUUGAUUCGUCUACUCGGAAUGGCUUUCUACUUGGAUAAAUUCUGUCGAAAUCUGGCUGGUUUAACGCGUCCUCUUCGUGAUUUGUUAAAGGACUCGUCUACCUGGAUCUGGGAGGAGCAACAGAGAGCAGAAUUUGUCAAGCUGAAAGAAUCCAUGUCGUCUUUGCCGGCUUUGCGGCGUUUCGAUUUGAGUCUCCCAGCUGUAUUGUCGGUCGACGCUUCGCUAACUGGACUGGGAGCUGUGUUGCUGCAAAAUGUGGCCGAGUGCAUCCCUCACAUUCAGAGGAUGCGAUUACAGCUUCAAAGUUUUGAUUUUCAUCUUGUUUAUAAACCUGGAAAAGAACUCUUUAUUGCGGAUGCUCUAAGCAGGGCUCACUUGCCUGCUUUGUUUACUGAUGAUGUAACGGAGGGUUGUCAGGAACAGGUUCAUGCUCUUUUAGACCAUAUCAUCCCUCUUCAUGAUACUCGUUAUCGUUAUGUUCAAGCAACUGAUGCGGAUCCUGCGUUGAAAUUAAUCAAGGAGCUGCUCGUGACUGGAUGGCCAGAAAAGAAGAGUCAUUGUCCGCUUUCGGCUCGGCCCUUUUUGAAUGUUCGCCAUUCUCUUAUCGAAGCGGACGGAAUUCUUCUGUAUGGGGAAAGGCUUGUUGUCCCAGUGUCGUUGAGAAGAGAAGCAAUGGAUGGUAUCCAUUUUGAUCAUUUUUGGGAAGUGAAAUGUGUCAGAAGAGCCAAAUCUUCUGUCUACUGGCCCGGUUGUGAUGAUCAGAUUCGCAACAUGGUGGCUAGCUGCUCAUAA